AUGCGGGUGAAGAAGCGAUCAAAGAACCGCAAAGCGGUCAAGUUCUACACCACCUGCUUCGGCUUCCGCGAGCCUUACAAGGUCCUCAUCGACGGUACCUUCGUCCACCACCUCCUCACCCAGCGCCUCCUCCCGGCCGACGAGGCUCUCCGAGACCUCCUCUCUGCCUCCAGGACGCCAGCCCUGUUCACCUCCAAGUGCAUCAACGCAGAGCUCAGGCGACUCGGCAAGUCACAUGCCGAAUCCUUCGACAACGCGCAGCUGCUCACCACAACCAAGUGUGAGCAUGACAAGGUGGUCAGUGCCGUGAACUGUGUCAUGUCACUGAUAGGUGAUAAAAAUCCUGAGCAUUUCUUCGUUGCCACCCAGGAUCCUGGUCUUCGAGAAAAGUUACGAGAGAUUCCUGGGGUUCCUCUGAUAUAUGGUCUGAAGAACUCCUUAUUCAUAGAACAACCCUCUGUGCAGCAACGCAAGUUUGCUCAAUUGGAUGAGGAGAAGCGUCUCAAUAUGGAUAUAUCUGAAUACAAGAAGUUACUGAAGGCUGCAUCAGAAGGAAAGACAGCUGCCAGUGAAAAUGGAAGUGAUGGAGAACAACAUGAGAGGCCUAUCAGUUCUCUUGUAAAAAAUUCUCUUGUUGUUACUGACAAAAGCAAGUUUAAAAGGAACAAAGCAAAGGGUCCUAACCCACUCUCCUGUAAGAAGAAGAAACCAAAGCUCCCCACAGCUAUUCAAAAUCAGGUAGCUACGGCUGAUGGCGAGGCGAAGAGAAAGAGGGUUCGGAAGCGGAAGAGGGGCAAAAAAGAUAACAAACAAUUGGAGAGUGCGAACUAG